AUGAAUUCAAAUUCGUGCCGCGGCGGCCGGGGCCACGGGGACUGGGGCGCCGCCGAGCUGCUGCCGCCGUUGCCGCCCCGGGAGAAUGCGGCCCUAGUGGCCCGCUUCGUGACAAACCUCUGUGACUGGGGCGCCCUGGCCACCAUCUCAACGCAGGAGGGGGUGCGCGGCAGGCCCUUUGCCGACGUCUUAUCGCUCAGCGAUGGGCCCCCGGGCAAGGGCAGCGGCGUGCCCUACUUCUACCUGAGCCCGCUGCAGCAAUCGGUGGGCAACCUGCAGGAGAAUCCAUAUGCUACGUUGACUAUGUCUUUGGCAGAGACUAGUUUCUGCAGGAAAUAUGGAUUUGAUCCGCAGAGUCCCCUCUGUGCUCACAUAAUACUAUCAGGAACUGUUAUCAAGGUGAGUGAAACAGAAAUGGACGUUGCAAAGAAUUCAUUAUUCAUUCGACACCCUGAGAUGAAAACCUGGCCAUCCAGCCAUAAUUGGUUCUUCGCUAAGUUGAAUAUAACCAAUAUUUGGGUCCUGGACUACUUUGGUGGACCAAAAAUAGUGACACCUGCAGAAUAUUAUAACGCCACAUUUCAGUGAAGCAGCAUAUGGUGAAUUUAACCUCAUGCGUGAAAUUUCUUAGGAAGUUUCACAGUGAUUUGAAGCACUUAUUGUUUUUCUAUGGGAAGUUUGCCAGAAGAUUAGCCAGUUUUCUUUCUUUGCUUGCUUGCUAACAGAAUUGAGUUGGAUUAUUACUGGAUUUCUUGGAAGAUGAGAUUGUUGGAGAGAUAUAUAUAUAUAUUUUUUUAAUAUUUUGAAGCCAUUUUCAUAGAGACGUGUCUUUCUUUAUGAUCAACGUUUUAUUCCAUUAAUUCCAAAUAGUUUGCCAACAGUGCUCCUUGAAGAGGAACAGUUACCAGUUUUAAAUUGACCAUUGGUAUUUGAAAGUACUCAAGUAUGUGUUCUUAAUUCCUGAAAUCCACUGUGCUGGGGAGAGGGUCACGCCCCCACAGCUGCUGCCUGAGUCUGUAUUAAGGGCUCCUAUUACAAUGCACCUGAAUAAAUCUUGCCAAGACAAACAAACAAUGAUGAAACACAAAUGGAGCAUCCCACUCAUGGUCCACUUAUGUUUGACAGUCCUGGGUGUUGUUAAUCCAACACAAGGCCAAACUAUCUCUUAUACAGAACUUAAAAAAACAAAAAAAAA